AUAGAAUACUGGCAGUCGAGAGCGCGCAGCCGCGGCGAGCGUACUGCGGCCAUCGCUUGCAAAUUCAAAUUGGAAAAUCGGCGAAGUUUGUGGCGUUUUUAAAAAGUUAACCUUUUGACAGUUCGCUAAUUUCUUCUGUGGAUUUCUUGCCGUGCAGUGGUUACAUACGUUGUAAAAAAAAAAAGAAAAUAUUGUUUCGCUGGAACGUAACUGGUGGCUACAUUUCUCUUUUGUGUUGAUGACUUGCCACUAUCAAAGCUAGCCCUAAAGUUAUAUAAGGGCCGUCACGAUGUUGCAGCAGAUCCUGCGGGACAUGUGGGUGGACCCGGAGAUCCUGGCCGAGUUGGACGAGACCCAAAAGCAGACUCUCUUCUGCAAGAUGAGGGAAGAACAGGUCCGGCGUUGGCAAGCCUGGGACCAGAAGGUCAGCAAAGACGACGACCGGCAGAAGUUCCAGAAGAAUGGCAAGAAACAGGUGCAGUUCAUGAAGGGGGAAGAUGGGGAGCCGUGGGUGUGGGUGAUGGGUGAACAUCCAGACGACAAGUCCAUCGAGAGCAUCCUGGCCGAGGAGACGAGGCAGCGUGCGCUGGCGCAGGCGAGGGAGGAGGCGCACCAACUGAGGAAGUCAGUAGAGAAAGAACUCACACAGCUCAUCGACUACAAGCCUCUGGAUAGCUUGGAACAAAAGUUUGAUCUGUCCCCGAAGACAAUAGACCCUUUAGAAGAUACUCUGGAAAUUUACUGCACAGUGGACGACCUUCGGCAGAGGAUCGAAGUCUUGGAACCAGAAGUGGAGAUCUCGGAGAAGAAAGAGACGGAGGUCUACUGCAAUGAUAACCUGAAGUUGGACAUGAAUAAGAACACUUUGCAUUUCAACUUUAUUGAAGGGAAGAGAGAUGUCUUGCAGGAGUUAGGUAUCCCAAGCAACGGGGACGGUGUCAGCAACCGCGUGGCGGCGUGGGAGCGGCGCGUGGCGGCGGCGCGCGCGGGCGAGCUGCUGCGCGGGCUGCGGGCGCGGCGCGCGCGCACGCUCCGCGACGCGCAGCUGCACGCGCAAGACGACGACCGCGCCUGGCGGGAACAAGAGCGCAAGGCAAAAGAAGCAGAAGCAGCGAUGAGAGCCAUCGCGCGUGAAGCUAGAGAAGUCCACCGGCGCAGCGCUGAUCUGAGGGAGUACACUCCGCCUGAACAGCCACAAGCCGGCAAGCCACUGAGCGAAGAAGCAGUUUUGGAGUGGUUCAGGACACAGGAGCUCAAGCGAGGGGUCGGCUUGGAUGAACACAAUAAACCUGUAGAAUGGUUUCAUGGGCUCCUGAGCCGGUCGGAGGCGGAGCAGCUGCUGCGGUCGCAGGCGGCGGGCAGCUACCUGGUGCGGCUGUCGCGGCGCGCGCGCGGGUACGCGAUCUCGCUGCGCGCGCGCGCGCGCUGCCUGCACUUCCUGGUGGAGGCGCUGCCCGCCGGCUACCGCUUGCUCGGCGAACAACAGAUUAUGCACAACUCUCUAGCUGAUCUCAUCAAGUACCACACAUCGGUGGCCAUUACCGAGAGCGGGGGGGAGGUGCUCCGCGCCCCCUGCGCCCCCGCACGCCCCCCCGCUGAGCUCACCGCGUAGACUCGACCAAAUUGCUAAAUAUGCUAAAUAAUUUAAAAAGUGCGCUCUUAUAUCAAUCAUAGGAGAGUAACUGUGGCAUUGUCAACAUAUGUUUUUGUCAUAAGAUGCAAUAUAAUCAACUUAGUGGCAAUUGAGAGAUACACCGUUAUGCCGGCUACACAACAUCUCCAAUUUUGCCGAAUUCUACACACAUUGCUGGUUUUUCCUUGGGGUAAUAAAACUACCAUAGAAACUACGCAACUAAAUUUGCCGACAGUAUGUAGCCGGCGUUACAGAAGUCUCGAUGUUACUAAAAACGUUUUCAAGAUAACAAAUGGUUUACAAAAUUGCUGAAACGACUCCGUCGAAGUAGUUGUUGAAAUUGCUUUUUGUCUUCCAAUUAAUUGUGUACACGUGUAUGCAUUCGAAGUGUGCCUUCAUACUUAUUUUGUAAGUUUAAUGCCGGCUCCACCCUGUCGUCGAACAGUUUGCCAAGCUUAGGCGGAUUUAUUACAUUGCUGGUUUUUCAUUGCGGUAAAUAAAAGCACUCAUACUAACUACGCAAUGAUCACGCAUUUCCGUCGGCGACUCCGUGGACCUGGCAUAAGAAAUAGAAAUUGUGUGAACGUUCCUCUAGCUUUCGAUUUUUUCUGUUUUUUUUUAAAUCGUGGAUUUUUUAAGACAUGGCGGUCUUAUUUUUUUAUGCUUCAUUUUUUUUAUGGGAUACGAUCAUAUAAAAUCCAUAAGCAAAAAUAUAAUUGUCUUUAAUUCGCCGCCAAAACUUAAGUAUCAGUCAUUUAGUCUUAAUCAAUUUUGUAUAUUAUUAUUGCGUAUAGUGUUAUUGCGUAGCUAUAAGGACGUGAUAAUCUAAGAUGAUUUUAAUGUCAUCGAUGAAAAAUAUAUCUUAUUGAGGCUUUCUUUUCAGACCAUUGCUUAGCAGCGCAAAAUAAGUUCUUAUAUAAAUACCUUUCCGUGAGGUAUGAAACAUUGUCUAAAAUUUAUAUUGCUAGUUCCACCACCUAUGUGGGUCCAUGAAUAUUUGAAAAUCCCGCUAGACCCAUUAGUGGAAAUUAGCAGUGGAACCUACAGUCCGGAAGCGAAUAAUCUAAGAUAUUAUUCAUAAUGCCCGUGCACUUUAAAUAUAGACAAGCUACUCCUAAUUGAACCAGGUUCCCUAUUUUAUCACAGUGCAUCGACAUUAUGAAUAUUGUCACACAUGCAAAAUUUUCUCAAUUUUCCAAAGGUUAGAAUUAUACAUGAUAUCACGUGUGAUUCUUUAGGAAUUAUGGCAAAAAUGUUAACUUUCUACCGCUGCUUCGUAUGAUAUAUAUGUCUACUAAGUCUUAUGUGGAUCAUAAAACACAUGCACACUCAGCCCUUUCCUUGCUCUCGGGUAAAAAAACAAUAAGAAAUCGAUGGUGCUAAUUCGAAUAAUACUUAGCGGUUGAUCUCUGUAUAAAUUCUUUUGAAUUCUACUCAUAAAAAGAGAUUACACACUAAUUAUAUACCUAAUGCUGCCACUUUUUGUAAAUAUAUAUCGUUUGAUCGCUUUAUUUUACAUAGCAUUUUAAACAAGAAUAGGACUGUCUACGACGACGCCAUAUUAGAUUUCGCGCCAAUUUCGAAAUAUAUAUAUUUAGUGCAUAAAACAAAAUUAAAUUAAAUCACAAUAUUAACAAAAAUACAUUCAACAAAAUUGUUUGCGCUCUUUUCCCGUGGUCCCAAAGUUUUGUCCCAUUAAUGGGACCACGAGGGUGAAUUAUUUCUCGUACUUAGUCCCAAUUUCUAUGUUCAGUUACUUGAUUAUCCUUCAGUAUGUAUUCUGCCUGUAUACAAACGUAACGUGUAGUUUUACAGUUUAACGUGUAGUAUGCAACCUAAAGGUCCUUCUUAGCUUGUGUUAUGAGGACAAUGAGGCAAGAUGCUGAUUUUCAGAGAUGUGGUACGAUAGAUUGUGGUACUAACCAUACAAACCGGUAAUAAAUCUGCAUAAAUACAGCAUACAUUACAAUCACAAUCAAAAUUAAUUUGUAUAGUGUAUGAUACAAUGCGAAUUAUAAGAGUUGCGAACUGGCGUGUCCACGGUUUGCCUGCGCAGUAGACGAUUUUGUUAUUGCACAAGCGCAUUGUACAUUAUAAUCAAUAAUGAAGUUGUAACCGAAAUAAAUAUGGCGCUGUUGACAGUCCUGAAAUACUUCUUUGAAACUCAUAGUACAUAGGUAUACACUAUACACGCAUAUUUAAGUUAAUAACAUUAAGAACAAAUCUAUACCGUGUAGUAACUAUUUAUUGUGAUAAUAUUAUACCAAUCCCAAUACACAUUGGUACAGUAUUAAUUCUCAUAAUUUUCGAAAGAGCCAAAGUGAAAUUCUGUAACAACGGAGUUAAAAACUUCUGCUUUAGGUGUUAAGGUCUAUUGUUGCUGAAAACGAUGUGUAUGCCAUUUGUCGUUCGUAGAACUAAUAGAAUUAGUCUCAAGUCAUCAAGAAAUUGUAAACUGUACUUUUUUAGUUUUAAACUGCCAAUUAAAAUAUAUAUAAAAUA